AUGUCUGACUUCAAGAUUAAAUCAGGUUUUGCUCAAAUGUUAAAAGGUGGUGUCAUCAUGGAUGUCGUAAAUGCUGAACAAGCUAAGAUCGCUGAACAAGCUGGUGCUUGUGCUGUUAUGGCUUUAGAACGUAUCCCUGCUGAUAUGAGAAAGUCUGGUCAAGUUUGUAGAAUGUCUGAUCCAAAAAUGAUUAAAGAAAUUAUGGAAAGUGUCUCUAUUCCUGUAAUGGCAAAGGUUCGUAUUGGUCAUUUCGUCGAAGCUCAAAUAUUAGAAGCUUUGGAGGUUGAUUGUAUCGAUGAAAGUGAAGUUUUAACUCCUGCUGAUUGGACUCAUCACAUCGAUAAGCUACAAUUUAAAACAUUAUUUGUCUGUGGGGCCAAAGAUUUAAGUGAAGCUCUAAGAAGAAUUAAUGAAGGUGCUGCCAUGAUACGUACUAAGGGUGAAGCAGGUACUGGUGAUGUCUCAGAAGCUGUUAAACAUAUCAAUACUAUUUGUAAUCAAAUUAAAGAUUUGAAAGCUAACAAUUUAUCUGCUGAUCAAUUGAAAGCAAAAGCUGAUGAAUUCAGAGUCCCUGUAGAACUCUUACAAAAAGUUAUUGAUGACGGUAGACUACCUGUUGUUAAUUUUGCUGCUGGUGGUGUCGCUACUCCUGCAGACGCUGCAUUAUUAAUGCAAUUGGGUUGUGACGGUGUCUUUGUUGGUUCUGGUAUCUUUAAAUCUUCAAACCCACCAAAGUUAGCUCGUGCCAUCGUCGAAGCUACUACUCACUACAACGAUCCUGCCAAGUUAUUAGAAGUCUCCAGAGAUUUAGGUGACUUGAUGGGAGGUGUCUCCAUUGAAUCCAUUAACAGAGCUACCGACGCUAGCAAAGGUGUCAGAUUAUCUGAAAUUGGAUGGUAA